AUGCCCACCACCCUCCGCCCCUGUUUGACUGUGAACAUUGUUCUAGCUGCUGCCGUGCUUCAGGGACUGGAAAUCAAUGCUGGAGUUUUUGCUCCAGAUGUCAUUGCUAAUCUUAGAGAUCCUGGGUACUGGGUGAAGAUUCAUCACUUAGAAUACACAGAUGGAGGAAUCCUGGAUCCAGAUGAUGUCUUGGCAGAUGUCGUUGAAGACAAAGAUAAGCUGAUUGCUGUGUUUGACGAACAAGAGCCACUCCACAAGAUCGAGAGCCCCAGUGGAAACCCCGCAGGCCGGCAGAGCCCAGAUGCUUUUGAGACAGAAGUGGCUGCCCAACUGGCUGCGUUUAAACCAGUUGGUGGGGAAAUUGAAGUAACCCCUUCUGCUCUGAAAUUAGGCACUCCGCUGCUGGUGAGGAGAAGCAGUGACCCAGCGCCAAGCCCACCUGCUGAUGCCCAGCCAAGCGCUUCACACCCCAGUGGCCAGAGUCUGAAACCUGUUAUUCCAAAUUCCACACAGGACUUAGAAGAUGAAGUUAUGAAUGGUGUGCAGACAGAACUGACAUCGCCGAAAACAAUGGAUGCAUUGAGUAAUAUGACAAGAACAGUGGAGAUUUCUGGGGAAGGAGGCCCCUUGGGAAUACAUGUAGUACCUUUCUUUUCAUCUCUGAGUGGAAGGAUUCUAGGGCUCUUCAUCCGUGGCAUUGAAGAAAACAGCAGGUCCAAGCGGGAAGGACUGUUUCACGAAAAUGAAUGUAUUGUAAAAAUCAACAGCGUGGACCUCGUAGACAAAACCUUUGCUCAGGCUCAGGACGUCUUCCGUCAGGCAAUGAAAUCUCCAAGUGUGCUGCUUCAUGUGCUUCCACCUCAAAACCGGGAAGAGUAUGAAAAAUCAGUCAGUGGACCUCUUAACAUUUUUGGUAACAAUGACGGCGUUUUGAGAACAAAGGUGCCACCUCCUGUCCAUGGAAAAUCAGGAAUAAAGACAGUAAAUCUCACAGGAACAAGCAGUCCUGAAGAAGAUGCAUCAACUUCCCUGCAGCAAAGCAAGAGCCCCCGAGUACCAAGACUAGGUAGAAAGCCAUCCUCUCCCUCACUCUCCCCGCUCAUGGGGUUUGGCAGCAAGAAAAAUGCAAAGAAAAUUAAGAUUGACCUAAAGAAAGGACCUGAAGGACUUGGUUUCACUGUGGUUACCAGAGAUUCUUCCAUACAUGGUCCUGGUCCCAUUUUUGUAAAAAACAUUUUACCAAAGGGAGCAGCAAUAAAAGAUGGCCGCCUACAAUCAGGGGACAGAAUUUUGGAGGUAAAUGGCAGAGAUGUCACUGGACGAACUCAGGAAGAGCUCGUGGCCAUGCUGAGGAGCACCAAGCAGGGAGAGACUGCAUCACUGGUCAUCGCCCGCCAGGAAGGAACUUUUCUGCCCCGAGAGCUGAAAGGAGAACCUGACUGCUAUGCACUCUCCCUGGAAACAACUGAGCAACUCACCUUCGAGAUCCCCCUGAAUGAUUCCGGUUCUGCUGGUCUUGGGGUGAGCUUGAAGGGGAACAAAUCUCGAGAAACUGGAACAGACUUGGGGAUUUUUAUCAAAUCCAUCAUCCACGGAGGUGCUGCUUCUAAGGAUGGUCGUCUGCAGGUGAAUGACCAGCUGAUUGCGGUUAACGGGGAGUCUCUUCUGGGAAAGUCCAACCACGAAGCUAUGGAGACACUUAGGCGAUCAAUGUCCAUGGAAGGAAACAUACGAGGGAUGAUCCAGUUGGUGAUUCUGAGGAGGCCAGGGAGACCACUGGAGGAACCUGCAGAGUGUGGGGCAUUUUCUAAGCCGUGCUUUGAGAACUGUCAGAAUGCUGUAACCACCUCCAGGAGAAAUGAUAAUAGUACAUUGCAUCCAUUUGGCACUUACAGUCCACAAAACAAACAGAAAGAGCUGUUGCUUCCCAAUGACGGAUGGGCUGAGAGCGGAGGACCUCCUCCUCCACCACAUCCCGUUCUGGAAUUGGGCCUUGAAGAUUACAGCCACAGCUCUGGGGUGGAUUCAGCAGUAUUUUUUCCGGAUCAGCGCCUCAACUUUAGAUCUGUGACACCAGCCAGGCAGCCUGAAUCAAUGAAUCUGAAAGCCUCAAAGAGUAUGGACCUUGUGCCAGAUGAAAGCAAAGUCCAUUCAUUGGCUGGACACAAAUCGGACUCUCCAAGCAAAGAUUUCGGUCCAACUCUGGGUUUGAAAAAGUCCAGCUCCUUGGAGAGCCUGCAGACUGCAGUUGCCGAGGUCAGGAAGAACGAACUUCCCUUCCACCGGCCCCGGCCGCACGUGGUCCGUGGCCGAGGCUGCAACGAGAGCUUCCGAGCAGCCAUUGACAAAUCUUACGAUGGACCCGAAGAAUUAGAAGCUGAUGGUCUGUCUGAUAAGAGCUCUCACUCUGGCCAAGGAGCUCUGAAUUAUGAAUCUGCCCCUCAGGGGAACUCUGAGCUAGAGAAUGCAGAAAAUAAAGCCAGGAAAGUCAAAAAACCGAAAGAAAAGGAAAAGAAGAAGGAAAAGGGCAAAUUCAAAGUCAAGGUGAAAAAGCAGAAAGAGGGAAAUGAAGAUCCAGAAAGGAAAAUAAAGAGGAAGGGAUUUGGUGCCAUGCUGAGAUUUGGAAAGAAGAAAGAUGAUAAGGGUGGAAAGGCUGAGCAGAAAGGUCCUCUGAAGCAUGGUGGCCUGAGAGAAGAGGAGCUGGAAAAAAUGAAAGAAGAACGUGAGAGGAUUGGGGCAAAACAUCAGGAGCUAAGGGAAAAGCAAGCAAGAGGUCUUAUUGAUUAUGCCGCUGGUGCAAUUGGACCACUGCAUGAUAUGGACGAUGAUGAAAUGGACCCCAACUAUGCCAGAGUAAACCACUUCCGGGAACCAUGUGCAUCAGCAAAUGUCUAUAGGUCUCCAUCUCCCCCUCGGGCUGGACCACUGGGGUACCCUCGGGAUGGCCGUCCACUGUCUCCAGAGAGAGACCACUUAGAGGGUCUCUAUGCCAAGGUCAACAAGCCAUACCAUCCACCAGUGCCAGUUGACAGCUUUCCACCCACUGCAGCUUUGUUCCAGGCUUUUUCUUCUGGCAGCGAGGCCAGUGUUGGUGAAAGCUGGCAAGUAUCUUAUGAAUUGGUUUCUCUGUGCACUUAU